CCACCGGAAGCAUGCAACUUUAAAAACAGACUAACGCUGAAUUGAAUGUAACAAAACCCGUUCUUAUUAUACAUCCAUGAACAAAACACGCCGUUUGUUCAUCUCUAAAUGAUGAUCGCUGUUUGAGAGAGCAGCAUGGAUCCGUCAGAGUCGGAGGGAGUGUGUGCACCGGGGCCCUCCUCUCCACACACUCCCAAACCCGAACUCUCUGCAGCGAUGCGGGCUAAGAUCGAGAGGAACCGACAGCAGGCGUUGAUGCUCCGGCAAGCCCGACUAGCGAGCCGCUCUUUGUCCGCUGUGGAGGGAACAACGUCGGCCAAAGUCUCCAAGACCAUAGACUCUGGAGCCGGCUUCUUCAUCGAGGAGGAGGGUUACGGAGAGGAAGAGCAGAGGGUCAGGAAGGUUGUGCAUCAGCCAGCUCCAGUAAUAGAGCCAGACUACCUGCUGUGCGAUGACUGUCUAAAACCCUUUAUGGACUCAUACCUCAGCAACAGCUUUGACCUGUCUGUCUGUGACAAGUGCAGAGACAACGAGGAGAAGCAUAAGCUGAUCUCCAGAACUGAGGCGAAGAAGCAGUACCUGCUGAAGGACUGUGACCUCGACCAGAGAGAGCCUCCGCUCAGGUUCACCCUGAAGAAAAACCCUCACAACUCAACCUGGGGAGACAUGAAGCUGUACCUCAAAGUACAGGUGGAGAAGAGAUGUAUAGAGGUGUGGGGCUCGGAGGAAGCCUUGGAGGAAGCUAAAGAGACGAGAGAAGAGAACAAAGAGGUGCAGAAACAAAAACGCUUCAACAAGAAAGUCAAAGAGCUGCGCCGGGAGGUGAGGAGCAGCAUGUGGACCAAAGACACCAGCGUCCACCAACAUCAGUACGGACCGGAGGAGGUAGUGGAUGAGGAGGAGGACCUCUACAAGAAAACCUGCACCACCUGCGGACAGGAACUCAGCUACGAGAAAAUGUAGACACUCAAACACACAUAAACACACGCACACUGAUUUGUUACGGGUAUUAUUUAUUAUUAAUAAAACACACAAGGAGCCACAGUCAUUGUCUUGUGUGACACUAACAGGUCAGUGUCAGCAAUGGUUUCUUUUUUAAACAGCUGUUACUGCUGUUACUGACUGUUACGGCUGUAUCAUACAGCCGUAACACUGACCUUGCCUUGAACAAUUGUAUAUUUUUAGCAAAUUGCCUUUCUGGUUCACAGCCUAUUGCAACACUUUUGUUUCUCUUGUGGAAUAUGGAGAUUUACUCUGGCAAUGUACCAACCAGCAAAGACACAAUAUUGAACUUGAAAAUACCGUCUUGCGUAAAAUAGUGAGUUUUGGAGACCUUGAUACAACUGGAGAAGAAAAAGUGAAUUUCGUUUCAUUUUUUGACUUACAGAUUUCAAUCACAUUUGUUUUUUUGUGAUGUGUUCACUGUCAUCAUGUCAAAAUUGAGCUUCACUCAAUAUCCUCUUUGUGGCUUUAUUCACCCUGCCCGUACUGGGUCUCAGGUCAUGUUUUAUAUAUUUUUUAAAUAUAAUCAGUGUUCUCUCUCUAUUCACUAUAACUGACAUUGUCCAGAUAUUCAUACCACAAUUACUGCAUAUGUUUAAAACAUGUUUACAUUUUUGUUAAAGGUCCCAUGUCAUGGCCAUUUCUACUGAUCAUAAUUCCAUU